GGUUUUUAUGAACCUGGAAGAUAAUUGUGACCAUUUCAAACUCGGAACUUAUUCCAAUAAGACAGACGUAGAACUCAAGGAACCGCAGUUCACUAAUUCUACAACACGAAGUUUGAAGUUUGAAUCUCGAGGUCGUUUGCAGCUUGACCCUGACCAAUAUGAUAACCCUCUCCGUCUUAUUAGCUCUUUUAAUUGGUGAUGAUAAGACAUAUUACAGUGGGGAUUCUAAAACCCAGGAAAAAAGGCCACUUGAACACUUACUGCCGACGUUGGUGAAUUUCUACAAUUUGUAUUCAAGUGAUCCAUAUAAAUAUGUAGCGUUUGAUGCGAACGAAACCUUACUGACUAGUUCUGAUGGUUUUAAGUAUCACUUCUCCGUUUUAUUGGCUCCUACUACCUGUUCUAAGUACCGAACUGGGUACAUAACUCUUGCACAGUUGGGUUCUUGCAUGUUGAAGGAGUCUGGGUUCAAGCGUUGCGGGUUUUCUUUGCGUUAUCAAGAAGGCCUGAUAUAUGAUGACAGCAGUUUGUCCUUUGAUGGCUGUGGGGCAGCCAGUCCAAAAAUGCCUGAAAACCUUAAGUAUCUAGGUUUUAAGCUACCUGAAAAUGUAGAGGAGGUGUAUGGAAUAUUCAAGCUGACACAUGGGAAACAAUACCAAGGCACAGAGGAUGACAUGAGGUUUAGCACCUUUAAAUCUAACUUGUUAAAAGCUCAAUUAUAUCAAGUUCUUGAUAGAGGCUCAGCUGUUUAUGGAGUUACACCUUAUUCAGACUUAACAGCUGAGGAGUUUGCACAAACUCAUCUAACUGCUUCUUGGGAUGGAGCUGAUAAAGCCAGAAGACUGAUUUCUGUGAACAGGAAAGCUGAAAAUAUACCGACUAACUUUGAUUGGAGAGAGAAAGGUGCUGUGACUGAGGUGAAGAAUCAAGGCAUGUGUGGCUCUUGUUGGGCAUUCUCAACCACUGGCAAUAUUGAAGGUCAAUGGUUCCGUAAAACUGGAAAAUUAUUGUCGUUAAGUGAACAGCAACUUGUUGACUGUGACAAACUUGAUGAUGGUUGUGGAGGCGGCCUGCCACUGAACGCUUAUGAAUCAAUUAUACGUAUGGGUGGUCUAAUGAGUGAAGAUACCUAUCCAUAUGAUGCUAAGAAUGAAAAAUGUCAUUUAAAAAAUGAUAAUAUUGCAGCGUAUAUUAAUAGUUCUGUAAGUCUACCAGAAGAUGAAAAAGAACUAGCUAUAUGGCUUUAUCAUAAUUCAACAAUUAGUGUUGGGAUGAAUGCAAUGCUUUUACAGUUCUAUCGACACGGAAUCAGUCACCCAUGGAAAAUAUUCUGUUCAAAAUAUAUGCUUGAUCAUGCUGUUCUACUUGUUGGUUAUGGAGUUUCUGAAGAGAAUAUACCUUUUUGGAUUGUUAAAAAUAGUUGGGGUGUUGAAUGGGGUGAAAAGGGUUAUUUCCGCAUGUAUCGAGGUGAUGGUACCUGUGGGAUAAAUACAGUGGCAACGUCAGCGGUCAUCUACUGAGCUCUUUCUGUCAUAACUGAUUUUAUUAUAAUAUUAGUUAACAUUAUAUCUGAUUGAAUACCAAUUUCUUGCUCAUAUUUUUUCCAUACGAUGUUACUUAAUGGUCAUGAUUUUAAAGAAAAUUGUUUUAUGAAUAGGCUAUGAUCUGAUCCUUUGUUUUCUCUCCUUUCUAAGAUUUGAUACAGAAGAGUUGUCUAUCCCUAUCUCAUUUGACUUUGUUUUUAUCACUAUUAUUAUUAUCAUUAUUAUUACCACUUGAACUGAUGCGAAUAUCUCCGCAAUCUUCAAUUUAUGCAUUCAUUUGUUUAUCAGUUCCUAUUUUGAUAAAAACUGAUGCAAACACAUUAUUUUUAUCAAUUUGUUUUCUUUAAUUAUUAUUUUGUAUUUGGCGGAUUUUUUUUCAAUAUUAUUGAAAAAUUGGACACAUACUUUUUAAUACAAACACUAAUUCUUAUAUAACGAUUUUUAUGGACUAAAUAAAGACAUAUAUUAUUAUUA